UUUCACGUAAAGCACAGCGAGCAGCUGUGUUUGAUAUAUGAGUGUAUGUGCUGAAAGGGCUGCAUGAGCAAUAACACUACAGUGGGUGAUGGCUGUCGGUAUUGGCAACAUUAUGUUAUGUAGGGAGGGAAGGUGUCAGUAGUCUGCGAUACAUAGUGGAGUGUAUUACUGCCGUACUAUUGCCUUAUGGGAUUCUGGGAUUCCCUCCCACCCUCUGGGAUUCCCUCCCACUCUGCAUUCCCUUUUCGUGGACAAUGGGAAAAUGCUGUGUUUUUAGCCCGGUCAAUAACAAAGAUGGCUACCAGCAACCCUGUGCUAAACCGACUGGACCAGAGAGCAGCAGAAGCUGAUCAGAUUAUUGAAUACCUCAAACAACAAGUUGCACUUCUCAAGGAAAAAGCAAUUCUGCAGGCCUCUGUACGAGAGGAGAAGAAGCUUCGUGUAGAAAAUGCCAAGUUAAAGAAAGAAAUUGAAGUCCUGAAAGAACAGAUAGUAACAACUGAAAUAAAAAAUGGAGUGAAACAGAUUAGCAUCCCAACUAGCACCUCUGCUGACUCUAGUGUUUCCGCACCAGUAAGUGCUCCCCAGCCAGCUCCUGUGAAAUCUUCUCCUCCAGCACCUAAAUCAGGAGAAGAAAAGAAAAAAAAGGAAAAAGCAGAAAAGAAAGGUGAGAAGAAGGAAAAGAAGCCUCCUGCAUCAGAAGAUGAGCUAAAAGCAGUGGAUGUGUCUCGCUUGGACCUCCGUGUUGGCUGCAUCAUUACUGCCAAGAAGCAUCCUGAUGCUGACUCCUUGUAUGUGGAAGAGGUAGAUGUAGGAGAAGCAACACCACGCACUGUUGUCAGUGGCCUUGUGAAACAUAUACCUCUUGAACAGAUGCAGAAUCGCAUGGCUGUGCUGCUGUGUAACUUGAAGCCUGCGAAGAUGAGGGGUAUUCUCUCUCAAGCCAUGGUUAUGUGUGCCAGCUCCCCAGAGAAGGUGGAGAUUUUGGACCCUCCAAGUGGAGCAGUUCCUGGAGACAGAAUCACCUUUCAGGGCUUCCCAGGGGAACCCGACAAAGAGCUCAAUCCAAAGAAGAAAACAUGGGAGCAGAUUCAACCAGAUCUACUUACUAAUGACAAGUGUGUAGCGACGUACAAAGGAGCGCCGUUUGAAGUGCAAGGAAAAGGAGUGUGCAAGGCUCAGACCAUGACCAGCAGUAGCAUUAAAUAAAGGCUGGAACUAUUGACACAUUUAAAUGUUAUACCAUUGGGCUGCACAGUUGGGAUACAAUAAAGCCAUGUUUUGGGCAUCA